UCACGGCCCGGUCUCUCGCCGUCUCCUUUGAAACCCUAGGAAGUGUAAGUUUAGACUUAAAGGAGUUGAAAAUGUCGGACAAAACCAAAGGAAGAAAAGAGGAAGUAGUUACCAGGGAGUACACCAUCAACCUCCACAAGCGCUUGCAUGGCUGCACAUUCAAGAAGAAGGCUCCCACAGCCAUCAAGGAGAUCCGGAAGUUUGCAGUGAAAGCUAUGGGUACAAAGGAUGUCAGAGUGGACGUGAAGUUGAACAAGCACAUCUGGAGCAGAGGAAUCCGAAGUGUCCCAAGGAGAGUCAGAGUUCGUAUUGCUCGCAAAAGGAAUGAUGACGAAGAUGCAAAGGAAGAGCUCUACUCCCUGGUUACUGUAACUGAGAUCCCACCAGAGGGAUUGAAGGGACUUGGCACCAAGAUCAUUGAGGAUGAAGAUUAAGCUAUCAGUAGUGGAGAACGAUAGACACAUUAUUUAUCUGAGAAUUAUCAAUUUUGUUUCGAAACUUAAUUUGUUCUUGGACUAAUAUGGUCUACUUCGCAAUUCGGAUUGUUAGAUUUGUGUGCCUUGGACUUACGAGAUCCAAUUAUCUGUUGCGUCAGUAUAUGACCAUGCAAGUUCUUUUUCUGAUUUCUAGAA